ACAUACACACUCUUUUCUUUUCCUAUAUAGCUUUCAAACACAUUAAUUUUCUCUUUCUAACCCAAAUGCAAAUGGACAAUGGUGGUGAAGUAGUAGCCAGCUAAUGCUCAAGACGUAGACCUCACACCAACUUUUUUUACUCUCUCUCUCUCCUCUCUCUCACCAUAUCUAUACAAAGAGCAAGAAAAUUGUAUUAUAAUAUAUAUACACUACUACUAAUACUACUACUACUACAAAAUCUAUAUAUAUAGAUACCCCAACCUCUUCAACAUUUAAAGCCCCAUUUUCUCUUUCUCUUAAAUUUUUACUUCCUUCCAGUUAAAAAAAUUAUUUAAUAAAGAAAUGGGGUACGGCAAACUAGAACCGUCGGAUCGUGGAGGUGCAUCGGCACAAUCUAACGAAUCAGAAAUUGCCACGUCACACCAACCGCCUAGCGCAACCCACGGGAGGAAAAAAAACAAGAAGCUCAUUUUCCUAGCCGCUCUCUCCAUUGUGUUAAUAGCUGCUUCGGCUGUCUCAGCCGUGCUAUUAAUCGGGGUCCGAACCCGAGCUUCGGGUCAACCCGGAACUACCAUGCCCCGAAAACCGACCCAGGCGAUUUCCAAGGCUUGCAGCAAAACACGGUACCCGAAUCUUUGCGUGAACUCGUUACUUGAUUUUCCGGGCGCGAUGAGCGCGUCGGAGGAGGAUCUGGUCCACAUUAGCUUCAAUAUGACGCUGCAGCACCUUAGCAAAGCCCUCUAUUCAACCUCAGAGUUGACCUCUAUCCAGAUGGACUCGCUCACGCGCUCAGCCUACGACGUUUGCCUCGAGCUUCUUGACGAUUCUGUAGACGCGGUGGCGCGUGCGCUCAGUUCCGUCUCGAUCGGUAACGGCGGAGGAUCAACCAACCAUGACGUGGUGACGUGGCUGAGUGCGGCGUUGACGAACCAGGAGACCUGUGGAGAAGGGUUCGAAGAAGGUGGGCCCAAGGUGAACGGGAACGUGAAGACUCAAGUGGCCGAGAAAUUGAAGGACUUAUCUGAACUCGUGAGUAAUUGUCUGGCGCUAUUUUCUGGAAGUGUUAAUGACGAUUUCUCGGGAGUUCCGAUUCAGAACAAGAGGAGGUUAUUGGCGGCUGAGAAUGAAGAGGAGGACAAUAUCUCGGGAGAUUUCCCGAGAUGGUUGAAACGAAAUGAUAGGAGGCUAUUGGGUUUACCCGUCUCGGCGAUACAAGCCGAUAUCGUUGUGUCAAAAGACGGAAAUGGGACUUACAAGACUAUUACUGAAGCAAUAAAGAAAGCACCGGAGUACAGUGAUCGUCGGACUAUUAUAUACGUGAGGGCAGGAAGGUACGAAGAGAAUAAUUUGAAGGUAGGAAGGAAGAAAAAGAAUUUGAUGUUUAUUGGAGAUGGAAAGGGCAAAACAGUCAUUUCAGGAGGAAAGAGCGUGUGGGAGAACAUGACAACUUUCCACACAGCAUCUUUCGCUGCAACUGGGGCUGGUUUCAUAGCUCGGGACAUCACAUUUGUGAACUGGGCCGGCCCAGCUAGACACCAAGCCGUCGCACUCCGGGUCGGUGCAGACCACGCGGUUGUUUACCGUUGUCAAAUCCUCGGAUACCAAGACACUCUGUACGUGCAUUCCAAUCGCCAGUUCUUCCGCGAGUGCGAAGUUUACGGAACAGUCGACUUCAUAUUCGGAAACGCCGCUGUGGUUUUCCAAAACUGUUCAAUCUACGCACGAAAGCCCAUGGCCCAACAGAAAAACACGAUCACGGCCCAAAACCGAAAAGACCCGAACCAAAAUACGGGUAUAUCGAUCCACGCUUCACGGAUCCUUGCCACGUCAGAUCUUGAAGCCUCGAAGGGUAGCUUCCCGACGUAUCUGGGCCGUCCGUGGAAAAUGUACGCUAGAACCGUGUACAUGAUGACGUACAUGGGUGAUCACAUCCAUCCACGUGGAUGGCUAGAAUGGAACACGAGUAAUUUUGCACUUAACACGUGUUAUUACGGAGAGUAUAUGAAUUCCGGGCCGGGUGGGGCCGUGGGUCAACGGGUCAAAUGGUCGGGUUAUCGGGUCAUAACAUCCACUGUCGAAGCCAGUAAGUUCACCGUUGCACAGUUCAUUUUCGGGUCUUCUUGGCUACCUUCGACCGGAGUGGCUUUCUCGGCCGGUUUAUCAGUAUAAAAAAUUUCAAAUAAUAUAAUAGGAACUAAAUGUUGGGCCCAAGCCCAAUAAUGGCCUGGUGGGGCCCACUUUAUAUGAAUAUAGUUUUUUUUUUCUUUAUUUAAAAGCACUAUUUUAAUUUUUUUUUUUCAAAUGAUUUAGCAAUAAGAAAUGUUGUUAAUUUUUCUUUUUUUGUGUAUUUUAACUCAUGUUAUAGAUGUUAUGAACUUAAGACUAAGUGUAUAUUUUUCUUUUUUUGUUGUUGUUGUUAAUUUUUAUUAUUAUAAUAUGUCCAAAAUUUAUUUAA